AUGAGCAUUAAUGCAGAAAGAAGCAGAGAAAUUGCUGGCGGAAAUUCUAGAAAUUCCACAGAUUUAGAGUCAUAUUAAAAAGCUAACACUAUAAAUUCGAUAUCUAACAACGCAAAUCUAAAAGAUUUUAAUUAGAGUUUCAAAAUUAGAGAAUUCGAGUGGUUUGAGGUAGAAACUAAAAUAAGGAAAUUUGUGAAUGAGUUACUACAACCAACGAUUAAAAAAAUAUCAAUAGAUAAAAAGAUGCUUGAUGAUAUAAAUGAUAAAAUAGACAAAAAUAAUGAUUCAGUAAAAUGUCUUCAUGAUAUUAUUCAUUACAAUAAUGAUGGUGUUAAAGUCAUAGAUAAUAUAUAUUAAAAAAUAGCUACCACAAACUCAAAUUUAGAAAUUCUCAAUAAUAAACAUAAUUAAUAAUAAGAAAGGAUACUGUAGUUCGAAUAGAAUUUACUAAAAGAUUUUCAGCACAUAAAAGAUGAAAUGAGAGAAGUUCACAAAUCUAGAGAUAAAUUUUAAGAAGAUAAGAAUAGUUUAAUUGAAUAUUUUGAGAGCUUUAAAAAGAACACUCAGGAUAUUAUCAGCUCUUUAAAUAAAGAAAUUACUACUUCCUCAUAGUGGACUAAGCAAGAGUUCUCUAAAAGUUGGGAGCAUAUUUUGAAGAUCGAUCACUAAACUAACUAAAACACACAAGAAAUAUAAAUUCACAAUUCAAAAAUUAAUGAAAUUUUUGAGAAAUUAACAUAAAUUAAUUUAAAAAACUCAAACUUUGAGCAGAGUAUGGAAUAAGCUAAUAAAGCUAUAUCAAUAAUGUAAAACAAUAUAAAUACAGCCAAGAAACUUACUAACAAAAUUGAAGAACUAAUGAAUAAAUUUAAAAUGGUUGAAAAUUAUAUUGAAAAAUACAGUUCUUUGUAUGUCCAAGGCUAAAUUUCUGAUACUCUCUUCAGUGUACUUGAUAAGAGCUCUAAAAGGAAACUUAUUUAAUAUGAAGAUAAAGCUUUUGCAGCGAUGAAUUAAGUGAUUUUAAAUGAUGAUGGUAUUCCUAAUUUAAACUAAAAAAUUGAAGAAAGUAUUAACUAUUUAGAGAAAAUAGUCAAGAGAAAUGCUAAAUAUUUGUAAUAAAAAAAUGGCAACACUGAUGACCCUUAUCCAUUUCCUUCUAAUUAAAAUGAAAUCUCUAUCCCUUUUGGAUUUGUAGAUACCUUUAGAUAAAAUAGUAAUGGAAUUGAUUCUGUUGACGAAGACAAUUUUAACUAUGAACAAAAAUCUUUAAGUCCUUUCUCAAAUAACACUAUCCAACCUUAAAAUGUUAAUAUUGAAGUACGUGUUUAAAGAAAUAAUAGUAGUAGUAGUAAUAGAAAUGCAAGUAGCAGUAAUAACAAUAACAUAGCUUCUUAAAAUUAAGUUAUAACUCCAGUAAAUAAUACAAACAACAGUAAUAAUAAUAAUAACAAUACAACUAUUUAAGCUUAAAAUAAAGUAAAUACUUAACAUUCAAAGAGGUCUUCUCUUAAUAGCUUAAACUCGUAGUAGAAAUACGAUAUUAGCAAUAGGUAAUUUGCAUAACUAAAAUUAAUGAUUGACUUAGAAGUAUAAAGAAUGAAAGAAGCAAUUGAAAAUAAAACUACAAAUUUAUAGAAUGGACUUCUAGAAAAUGAAGAAAUUAUGUAAAUUAAUAUAUCUAAAAUAUAAGAAGAAAUGGAGAAGGGUAUAAAUGUUCUUAAGCAGUAAAACAACAACGUCUUGCUCGAAACAGGGGUCUUAGAUAAAAAAAUAACAGGAAUCUGGAAUGAGCUGGAAAAAAUAGUUAACACUUUCAAUAUUUUAAGUGAAACAGUUCAUAAAUUAAUACAUUUCAAUACCUUAAGCAACUCGCUUGUUCUUUAAGAUGAGCUCGACAAGCAAAGCAUAGCUCUAUAUGGUUUUAGAUCAAACUUUAGUGAUGAUCCAAAAAUGGUAAAAACUCUCAGAAAUCCUGCAAUAAUGGCUUCUUCACCUGGAACUACUUCAAAUGUUGCAUAAAAAACCAUAUCAAAAGGAGCUUUCCCAAAUUUAAUUUUAGAUCAAAACUGUAUCAGCUGUAGCGGUUAAUCUGCUCAAAUAAAUUAAGCUUUUAAAAUGGCUUGUUUAGCUUAUAAUCCUUCUACAGUUAACAUAGAUGGCAGAAGCUACAAAAGAGAGGAAGUCUUAGAAGUUGCAACACGUUUAUUGCAAGCAGCUCGUUAAUAAUAUGGUCUGAAGUAAAAUGUUAAUGAUUUUUAAGAACUCUCUUAAAUUGAAUCCUCCUCAUAAAAUGAUGUGCUAGACGUAUCAUUAAAUAGAACCGAUUAAGCAAAUUAAAAUAACGAAUAAGUCAAUGAAGAAAGUAAUAAGCAAGCUCCAACAAAUUUUAGCAAUAAAAUAAUUAACAAUAGUGCCAUAAACACAUAAAAUUCUGCUUUGGACAAUGUAAGAACUGCAAUUACUUAAAAUAGCACAAGCAGCUUUUCCCAUAAUGGAAGAUUUUAUAUAAAUUCUUAACUUUCAAACAAUGAUUAGUAGUAAUUUAGAACAAACUAUGCUAAUACCUCACAGAACAAUGCUUCAUUUUUAAAUUAACAAAGUAAAAUUUAAAACAUACUUCCUUAGCUAGAAGGAUUAAAGCCUAGAUCUAGAGCAAUUUCUAAAAACAAAUCAAUUUAAAAUAAUUAAUAAAGAAUAGGCUCUUCAUAAAGAAGAGAGCAUACACAUCAUUGA